AUGGUUUAGAGACAGUAAUUGAUCAUGCGCAUGCGCUUGAGACAAGUCAGUCGGUCGGAAACAAGGAGGAAACUGGACCGAAGACGUCUGAAUUGGUGGUGAAUCAUGUCAGGUUUUCUGGAUGGAAUCAGAUGUGGCGACUGUGAAUGCAAUGUGGAUUGGGGCGAGAAGAGAAACACAAUAGCUUCGAUAGCUGCUGGGGUUCUUUUUUUCACAGGAUGGUGGAUUAUCAUUGAUGCAGCUGUAAAGUAUCCAAUAGAAGAGGACUUUCACCAUGCUUACCACACAUGUGGAGUCAUAGCCACUGUGGCUUUUUUAAUGAUCAAUGCUGUCUCCAAUGGACAGGUGAGGGGAGACAGCUACAGUGAAGGAUGUCUGGGACAGACAGGUGCCAGGGUGUGGCUUUUCAUCGGCUUCAUGCUGGCAUUUGGAUCCCUCAUCGCUUCCAUGUGGAUCUUGUUCGGAGGAUUUGUUGUCCCCCAGAAACCCAUUGUGUACCCUGGAAUUGCAGUUUUUUUCCAAAAUGCUUUCAUUUUCUUUGGUGGCCUGGUGUUUAAGUUUGGACGCACUGAAGACUUGUGGCAGUGAUGAGCUGUCUUUACUCAGCAGAACUGUUACACACACCUGCUUCUGCUGGCCUCCUGCCCUUUGAUUCAGCCUGACCCCUGGUGUGAUGAGACCAGUCAGACUAAAAAUUGCAAAAUGGACCCCAAAGCUUGGCCACCCAUGGAGAACAUUAGCUUGUUGCAGUGUCAAACCUGUCUGAUCUCGUCACGACUGUGGUUAUAAAAGAAACAUGAAAAGAAUGGAGGCCACAGCCAUUUUUGAUAAGAAACUUGGGUUGCUGUGUCUAUGUUGCAUACCGUGGUGUGGUAUUCCAUUUUUGCUUGGCACAGUCUUCAGCUGUAGCAAUACUUAACCAGAACAAUAUCCUAAUAAGAACAGUGGUUUGAGGUUAAAAAGUUAAAAACAGUCAUAUAUCAAUAAACAGGAGGUGCCCAGAGUUAUGAUGCUAACUAGUACAUAAUCUCCUUUGUUUUUUAUAUAUAUAUAUAUAUAUAUAUAUAUGUAUAUAAAUACAUAUAUUACAUAUGUUUUCAAAUACACCGGUAAAUAAAGAUUAGUAUGAGUUUUAUGGUUGUGCCACCUAAUACUUCAAAGGGAAUGUUUCCAAAAUCGUUAAAGCUGGAAAUUCUGUUCAUGGUGUGAGUGAGUAUGUUACAGAAUGUGUCCCUCUGUGCAAGAAAACAUGUGAAAUGUACCCUUUGCUAAAAUUGUUUGUGCUCUUGCAGUCCUCUACUCUAUAUCUGUCCAUAUCAGCAAAUACAGACUAUAUUCUGUAGCUUUCACUUAAGUAUACAUUAUUUAUAGAAAUGGUAUGUGGUGGCUUUAGCAAAAACAUUUGCAUUAUGUAAAAAGCACAAUUUGAUAUCUGAGGUCCACGUUUUGAGGGAAAAUCAACUAAUCUUGUGUUAAGCGUUUGAUUGGUCUACAUCUGAUGUUGGGGAAAAGGAACAUGCACUCCUUUGUUUUAGUUUCCAUUCUCUAAGAUGCCAUAAUAAUGGCUCUUUACAUGUCUUACCUUGCAAAACAAUAAAAAGCUGAUUUGUUAUUAAA